AUGCCAAGCUCGUGCGUGCCUGUCGCCUCGCACGUGACCCUUCGGCCCAUGCCAAACAGUGCUCAGCCUGCUAGGCCCGUGCACCACGUCACGGAAAAUCUCGACCGGAGCAGCGAGCACCAGGUGCCGUGCUGCAACAAGCGUGCCAAGGUAGUAACACCACGAAACGUUGUUGGAAAGGGAUCCGGGCGCUCGGCAACACUCGUCAUGCUUUGCGGAAUUUCUGGGGAGUCUCCCCAAGAGCCCGUCGUUUCCAAGAAGUCGGGCAUCAUCUACGAGAAGCGGUUGAUCGAAAAGUACAUUGGUGAAAAUGGCACCGAGCCCGACACGGGCGAUGCCCUCGCCGCCGAGGACCUGCUGGCCGUCAAGGCCUCGGCCGUCGUUCGCCCUCGUCCCCCCACACUCACCUCCAUCCCGGCCCUCCUGGCGACCUUCCAGAAUGAAUGGGAUGCGCUCGCACUGGAAACGUACAACCUCAAGGAGCAGCUGGCACGGUCGCGGGAGGAGCUGGCGACGGCUCUGUACCAGCACGACGCCGCCGUCCGCGUCAUCGCUCGACUGACGCGCGAGAGGGACGAAGCCCGCGAAUCGCUCAGCAAAAUCACCGUCACCGACGGCGCGAGCGUCGGAGAGCAGAUGGUCGUCGACAGCAUCGAGACCCUACCCGAGGCCCUCGCCGAAGCCGUCGACGAGACGCAUCAGAGCAUGUCGAAAGGCCGCAAGAAGCGACCUGUUCCGAAGGACUGGCUCUCGGCCAAGGACCUGGCCGCUUUCGAAGCCGAAAGCUCCAACCCUCUCCCCCUGUCACAGGCGACCUCGCUCGACCUCGAGGGCGACUACGCAGCCGUCGGCGGCCUCACGGGCGAGGCGGCCAUAUACUCGGUCGAGGCCGGCAGCCUCGAGAGGCAAGUGGCCGUCGGCGAACCCGUCACGGCCACCUUGUGGGCCGGGACGAAGCUCUACUUUGCCACGAGCCAGGGUGCCAUCAAGGCGUACCAGGACGGCAGCGGCGUCGCUUCCCUGUCGGAGCAUGCGGGUCCCGUCACCUCCAUGAGCCCGCACCCCGGCGGCCAGAUCCUGGGCUCCGUCGGCGCCGACAAGAGCGUCGUCUUCUACGACGUCGAGUCGAUGAAGCGUGUCAGCCGAGCCUACACCGAUGCCUCUCUAUCCUCGUGCGCCUUCCACCCCGACGGCCACCUCUUCGCCGCAGGGACGGUGACGGGCGAGAUCAAGCUCUUCAUGACCACGACGCUCGAGCAGGCGGCCGCCUUCAAGCUCGGCGCGCCCGUGCAGGCGCUCGCCUUCUCCGAGAACGGAUUCUGGCUGGCGGCCACGGCCAAGGGUCAGACGGCCGUGACCAUCUUCGAUCUGCGGAAGGAGGGAGACGCGGCCACGGCCAAGGUGCUGGAGACGGGCGGUCCCGUCCAGUCCCUGGCCUGGGACUACACGGGUCAGUACCUGGCGACGGGCGGUCCCUCGGGCAUCACGGUCCAGCAGUACGCCAAGUCGAGCAAGAAGUGGAGCGAACCCUUCAGGAACGCGGUGCCCGCCGUGGCCGUGCGAUGGGGCGCCUCGGCGAGGAAGCUCGUGGCCGUCAACGGAGAGGGUGUCGUCAGCGUCUUUGGCGCCAAGGAGUAA